GGGAAAAAAGAAACAUAGGAAGAAUAUGAUGAUAAAUGACUGAUGGGGCAGGGAGAGGAGUAGGAGGAAGGAUAGUGUACAGAUAGUGACGAGAGUUAGAGCGAAGGUUGUGAAUAGUGGUUUGAAGGGUUGGGAAGAAAGCGGAAGCAUUGCUCUUAAACACGUCUUGAUAGAUGAUAAGGUACGACAGUCUAGACUAAGAGAGAAAAACGAACAAGAGAUGCAGACAUGAAGAAGUCGAGUGAAAUGGUCUUUACGUUGGGUCUUUCAACCCUUGCUACAUCCAAAUUAUCAUUCGCAGCACAGCCCACAUCGAAAUCACAGCUGGAGCACUGGCCAAUGCACAAAGCUAAAAUCUUUUGUUUUCACCGCAGCUUCUCCAUACACGUGCCCUUUCUGUCCGUGUAUAAAAGGACACCGCCACCUGAAGAACACUUCGACCGCAAAUUUAGCCAGGACUCGGGACCGGGUCUCGACUCAUUUGCACUGGGUUGGACUCUCUUUAAGCAUUCAUCAUGCCACCCUUCUUUAUCUUCAAGUGUGAUCGAGGAAGAGCUACGGUGCGGAAGCUAUGAGAGGAAAAAAAAAUAAUGCCUUGCUGAAGGUACGGUGAGAAAUAUUCAGUGGGGACUGAAGUGAUAUAGAUUUACUUCAAGUACACGUAUGCCAGUUGCAGAGCUCGAUUUUAUCUUGUUGGAGGUCCCACCGCUGCGCUGAGAUUAACCUCUAUUUCAGGAGUCUUGGCCUUAAGAAGUGUUCAGACAUAUUUCCCUCUUUGCUUACAUGCUUAAAUUCAUUGGUUAACACACGCUUGAUCUGUACAGGUUGUGCUCAUGCAAAGGACAUUGUUGAAUCUUGCAUCAAGAGAUUUGGAUACGUUUUGAGUUACUUUUCUUGAGUGGCGGCAGCUGUUAUAGGGCGCACCGGUGUUUCACAUAUUUACUCGUUGUCAAUAUAAUCCGAUGCAGUCCGCAAGCUGGUAAGGGAAGAUGAG